CUCCGUUACUAAAGGGGUCCUGAGAGUAGUUCUCGCUAACAAAGCAGCCUCCAAAAUGUCGGGAGAGGUGUAUCUCCUGUGGCUUCUUUCGCUUUUACAGACGCUGUCGGCAUACGGUGCCGAUCUGUCGUCUGAGGCGUGCAGGGAGCUGGGCUUCUCCAGCAACCUGCUGUGCAGCUCCUGUGACCUGCUCGGGGAGUUCAGCCUCACCAAGCUCCAGCCCGAUUGCCGGCAGUGCUGCCAGCAGGAGGCCCAGAUGGAAGGGCGCAAGCUCUAUGCCGGGGCCAUCCUCGAGGUGUGUGGAUGAAAACUGGGGCGGUUCCCUCAAGUCCAAGCUUUUGUCAGGAGCGAAAAGCCGAAGAUGUUCAAGGGUCUUCAGAUCAAGUACGUGAGAGGCUCAGAUCCUGUACUAAAGCUUUUGGACGAUAACGGGAACAUUGCUGAAGAACUCAGCAUCCUCAAGUGGAACACAGACAGCGUGGAGGAGUUCCUGAGCGAGAAAUUAGAUCGGAUAUAGACUCGUGUAUGUUUUUGUCUUAGUCCUUAGUUGAAGGGUUUGUUCACCCAAAUUACGAUACCUCUGGUCGUUUGCAGGCUUGCAGAUAUUUUCUGUUUUAUGCGCCUGAGAUUUCUGCGUCCACCUUCAGGUAAAUGGAGUUUUGUUUGUGGCACUCACAGCACUUACAUUACUAAAUUUAAAACAUUCAACAGAAACUUUGCUUUCUAGAAAUGGCCAGGCCACUAUAGAUUAACACAAUGAUUAUGUUUACAUAAAUUGCACAAAAUAUUCAUUUUUUUUGCCCUUAUUCCAAAAAAGACAGUAUUCCCACUAAGCUGUUUAUUUGACUAAUGAAAAUGAAUAUUCCACUGAUAUCGUUUACAUGCUGCCCUGCAUACUACAGUUUACGUUAGCCAACUUGAUGUUUAUCACAUCAAAAAUAAAGAAAAGUGGAACGGCUGUGCUGCUUGCACAAUUCAGCUUUUUUGAUGCAAAGAUCAGUACAUUAUCAUGAUGCAAACGUUUCAAAGUUUUCCUUCAAUGUGAAAACAACCUCCCUCUUUUAUUCCUUCAACCACCUACUUGAAAAAGUCAGGGUUGUGAUAUUUGUGCAUAUCCAAAAACUGUUGAAAGCCAAAUAUUUAUGUUUAAAAGUAGGUAUUUUUCUGCUUCCGACCAGAAAUUUAAGCUUUCCUUUAAGCUAUGCGUCUGUAUCCCACAACCCUGCACACUGUUUGUUUGUGUACAAUGCACAGAGCUGAGUGCAAACAUGCAAGAGGCAAUGUGUCACAAAAUGGGAUUAAAAACCCCAGUUUAGAUGUAUAUUCUGAAUGCACUGAAUACAUGUCCAAAGAAUGCUCUUAAAUUCGAAUAAUACCGGCAUGUCCCACUUGUCUUAAGGCCUUAUUUAAAAAAUCCAAACAGCGUCUGUGAUUAUUGCCAUAUUCAGAAUAAUAGUGGAAUAUCAGUAUGCAUGUAAACCUAGUCAGUGUCAAUAGUUUUCAUUGCUAAUACCUUCUACUGAAGAAAUAGUCCCAAUGAAAAUUUUGAUGCUUUUUGUGAGAAUAUUUGAAGCAGUAAAUAAAAAAAAACAGUGUUUUCAGCACCUCAAACAAAAAUACCUCCUUUGUAUUUAGGCUGCUGCAGAAAUCUAAAAAUACAGCUUGAAGAUCUUUUAAACAUGAGCAAAUUAAACAAGAACUGUCUGCAUGGCUACAGACUACUAGCAGCUACUAAGGAUUUUCUUUUUUUUAAUCAUUUGGGUGAACAAAUUCUUUUAGUUAUUUACUAAUUUGUACCCAACUUGGCCUUGAUACAUGGUUGUUAAAUCACUAUAUGACUGUUUUUGUAUCUGAAAACCAAUUUCUUCUGGAUUUUACCAAAUAAUGUAUCUGAGAGUAUGAAAAGACAUAAUGAUAAUGAUCAACAUUACAGAUUAAUCGUGGCUCAAAGUGGAUCCAUUAAGUUUGAAAAACAAUAAUGCACAUCAUGAACUGUUUUGUUGUCUACCUGUGGGAGUUUACAUUCCCCUUUUGUCUGUCUGAUAUUCUUGUAUGAUUAUUUUUUUAUAACACUCAACAUUGUGACUGACGGGGAUUUGUAGUAAGAGUGAAUCCCAGUUUCUCUCCAGAUGCAGACGUCUUUGCGGGAGGACACACUAGUGAAGACUUCACAGUAAACCAGUGCUGGGAUGUGACGUCUGAUGUAAAUUUGUGUUCUUUGGCUUCUUCUGUUUUGAAGAGAAACUGGAUUUAUGUUGGAUGCUUGUUUUUGAGCGACUGAGAUGAUGGUUUAAAUAUGCAACAAUAAACAAAUUCUCUGAUGGUA